AUGGGCCUCUUCCUCCUCGACUACGGCGCGGGCAACGUCCAGAGUCUCUCAAAUUCUAUCGAACGGCUUGGACAUCCGUUUCAAUGGAUAUCCUCCGCGCAGGACUUUGACAGGGCCACCAGCCUCAUCUUCCCUGGCGUAGGGGCCAUUCAGACCGCCAUCGAGGGCCUCACCUCGCGCGGUCUCCUCGAACCUUUACGCGCCUACAUAGCAUCCGGGAGGCCCUACUUUGGAAUAUGUAUCGGCAUGCAGGUCCUCUUCCAGUCUUCUACGGAGGGUACCGCCCCUGGUUUGGGCGUUGUUCCCUGCACCAUCGAUCUCUUCUCGAAUGCAGACAAAUCAGUGCCUCACAUGGGCUGGAACUCCGUCGACCUGCUAGACAUUCAACACCAGUCGAACGAGGGCAUCCACGAAGCUGCCCACUACUACUUCGUGCACUCCUACCGCGCCCCGUACGAUCCCGAGGGCAACCCAGCCGCAGCAGAGUGGGCCCACUCCGUAGCACAAUACGGCCAGGAGAUCUUCAUUGCCUCCGUACGCAAGGCUAACGUCUUCGGCUGCCAGUUCCACCCAGAAAAAUCUGGCGUAGCGGGCUUGAAACUGCUGGACGCUUGGCUUCGUGAGCCUGAAUCGGCACGAGCGCAUGCGCCCCCCACACCCCGCAUCCCGCGCAUUCCCAAACCAAAGGACGGUCUCACGAAGCGCAUCAUUGCGUGCAUGGACGUCCGCGCCAAUGAUCAGGGCGAUCUCGUCGUAACGAAAGGCGAUCAAUACGACGUUCGCGAGAAGCAAGCUCCCGCCUCUGUUCCCUCUCCCUCAGGCACCUCCCUCGCAGUGAGCACCGCCGGUGCCGUUCGUAACCUCGGAAAACCUGUCGCACUCGCCGCCCGCUAUUUUGAGGCCGGCGCUGACGAGCUCGCCUUGCUGAAUAUCACCUCCUUCCGUCAUUCCCCUUUGCUCGACCAGCCUAUGCUUGCUGUCGUCCGAGCGGCCGCUCGCGCGGUCUUCGUCCCGCUCACCAUCGGCGGCGGCAUCCGCGACACCGUGGACCCCGACGGCACGCCGCACAGCGCGCUGGAGGUUGCCGGAGCGUAUUUCCGCGCAGGCGCUGACAAGGUCAGCAUCGGGAGCGAGGCCGUCUACGCCGUCGAGCGGAUGCUCGUAAACGGCGGCCGCAGCGAUGGGAACAGCGCCGUCGAGACUAUCGCGCAUGCGUAUGGCCGGCAGGCCGUUGUGGUCUCGAUCGACCCCCGGCGCGUGUACGUUCAGCCCUCGUAUGACGGGCCGUUCAAGAACGAGCUCAUCUUCGGCAAGACGGACGCAACUGAUGACAAGGAGCGUGGCCAGGCUUGGUGGUACCAGUGCACCGUCUCCGGAGGCCGGGAGAACCGUGAUCUGUCUGUCAUACAGCUCGCGCAGGGCGUUGAGGCGCUCGGCGCGGGCGAGAUCCUGUUAAACAGCAUCGAUCGUGACGGGACCGGAGUUGGCUUUGACCUGGACCUCAUUCGACUCGUGCGCAAGAGCGUGCGGAUACCCGUGGUAGCGAGUAGUGGAGCCGGGCGGAAGGAGCACUUCGUGGAAGUCUUCGCCCAAACCGAUGUAGAGUCCGCGUUGGCCGCAGGAAUUUUCCAUCGCGAGCAGGUCGGGAUUGAUGAGGUCAAGGGUGCUUUGGUGGACGCAGGCAUCAAGGCUCGCAGAAUUUUAUGA